AUGUAUGUUGGCAUCCGAAGUUUUUCUGAAGCAUAUGAGAAGAUAUUAUCGAGAGCAAGUGCUCAUUCGUCAUGUCAAUUGGUAAUUUUUGUAUCAUGUUUAAACAUCGACGCGUUAUGCGCAACCAAGAUGCUUUCAAUGCUAUUCAAAAAACAGCUGGUACAACUGCAGCUAGUUCCGGUGUUUGGUUAUACGGAGUUGCAUGAUCAUUUUGUAAAUUUAGACGAUAAUAUUAAUAUUGUAAUGAUGGUGGGAUGUGGAGCUAUGAUUGAUCUGGAGGUGUUUCUCGAAAUUGAUCCCGACAAAUACAUUGUACCUGGGACUGAAAAAGAUGCAAAGCCAUCUUUUAAGAAUGAAAUUUAUAUUCUGGACUGCCAUAGACCUUGGAACUUGGAUAAUUUAUUUGGGUCGCAAAUUAUAACUUGUUUCGACGAUGGCACUGUUGAGGAUUCGUUACACCAGGAACGCGAUGCGUAUUAUAAAAUACUUGAGUUAGAAACUGAUGGAGGAAGUAUUGCUGAUGAAUCUACCGAAGCAGAGAGCACUGAGGAGGAUUCUGAUGAUGAAUACCCCGGGAUGAAACGUCGCAGCGGUUCUGAAAGUGACAAGAAGAAGCGUAAGCAGAGAAAAAAGCGGUUACACGAAUGUGAAGCUACCAUAGACAAAUACUACUCAAAGGGGAGUACGGUCAGUAAUUCGUUAGCUGUUCAAGUGUAUUCUUUAGUUUCAUCAGUUGGUGAAACAAGUUUGGAUUAUCUGUGGCUGACCAUUCUAGGCGCUACGUCUUUGGAUACAGCUUACCCACAUAUCUACCAACAACUGCAGGAGUUGCUGAAAGAUGAAGUUAAACGACUGUCUCCAAAUGAUAAGACUAAAACCCCAGAUAAGCUUCCAAUCGAGGUCCAACCAGAUUACUUACUAUUCCUGAUGCGCCAUUCUUCAUUGUACGAUAGCUUUUACUAUUCCAAUUACGUUAAUUCGAAACUUUCCCUUUGGAACGAAAAUGGUAAAAAACGUUUACAUAAAAUGUUUGCACGCAUGGGUAUACCGUUGAAUACUUCCCAGGAACAUUGGAUAUAUAUGGACAAUAAUAUAAAAAGACAACUCGGAGUGAUUUUCGAAAAGAAUCUCGAUAGAUAUGGAUUACAAGAACUGGUGAAAGAUGGCUUUGUUCGCACAUUUGGUUAUCGUGGUUCCAUCAGUGCCAGUGAGUUUGUUGAGGCCACUACUGCUUUAUUAGAAGUAGGUAAGAUGAAAUCAGCAGUAUUUGAAGACGUUCAAGGAAACUUGGAUGUGCAUGUCUCUGCGGAACAAGAGCCAGAUUUAAACGAAAUACUAUCUCAAAGGCAAAAACGAUGGAUUGGUAAUUUCUGGUUCGGUUGGGACGCAUUAGACGGUAAUAUGGACUUGUUGAAACUUGGCAUAAAGAAUGCUCAAUUUCUUCAGAAAUCUAUAUUUAACACUGGCGUAACAAUCCUAGAAAAAAGGAUCAUAAAACAUCUCCGCAUCUAUCGAUUGUGUGUACUGCAAGAUGGUCCUUAUUUACCCCUGUACAAAAACCCGCUGACACUACUUCGCUUGGGUAAUUGGCUAAUUGAGUAUUGUUCAGAAUCAGAAGAUAAACAACUACUACCCAUGGUAUUGGCCUCCCUAGACAAUACCACUGACACUUACCUGGUUGCUGGACUUACACAAAGAUAUCCACGGGGCAUCAACACCCUAGAAUCACAUUCUACAAUCUUAAAUAAUUUCAAUAUCGGUUUCCAGCAAAUUGCAAGCGAAACAGGUGCCAAGGUGAGAAUAGACAAUUUCGAAAGUUCUAUUAUUGAGAUUCGCAAAGAUGAUUUACAGCCCUUUUUGGAAAAAUUAACUUUAAGUGGCCUGAUUUAA